AUGCAUAACAUCAAAAUUUGCGUAAUUGGAGACGGUGCAGUCGGUAAGACUUGUCUGUUAAUAUCCUACACUACGAACACGUUCCCACAAGAUUAUGUCCCUACUGUAUUCGAUAAUUAUUCGACCACUGUCUCUUUAACAAACCCAUAUACCAAUAUUUCAACAGAUAGUAACAGUAAUGCUAGUAGUUCAGAAAAUAAAGAACUGUUUAAAUUGAAUCUAUGGGAUACAGCAGGUCAAGAAGAAUAUGACCGGUUAAGGCCGUUAUCAUAUCCGCAGACGAGUGUAUUCCUAGUUUGCUUUUCCGUAGCAGAGCCAUCAAGUUUUGAAAACGUUUUUGAGAAAUGGAUUCCUGAAUUGAAACAAAGUGCAAAUAUUGAGAACUCUCAAUUAUAUUUAAAUUUCGGGAAAUUACCAAUUUUAUUGGUUGGUACGAAAUCUGAUUUAAGGGAUGAUGAAAGUACUCAAGAUAAACUACAAGAAUCUGGUUCUGAUUUUAUUUCUUUGGAUCAAAUCAACGAACGGGUAAAGAAAGCUGGUUUGUUAGGUUAUGUUGAAUGUUCAGCUGCUACUCAAUCUGGUAUUAGAGAAGUAUUUGAAAAAGCAAUUGAGUUAGUGGUAUUUGCUCCUGAACAUUGGGCAGAUGAAAAAGAAAGGAAACAGCAGGAAACAGAAAGAGUAAAAGUGGAGGCAGAGAAGAAGCAGAAAGCAAAAGAAGAGCAAGCAAGACUGAGGAAGAACAAGGAAAUAAAGGAGGCUAGGAAUCUAAAACUUAAGAAACCUAAGGAAGUGCGUUCGUCUAGUUCAGAACCUGAUAAACGACUCUCGAAAAGCCGAUCAAAAGAUACUGCAAAUAAAUCUCAAAGUAAAUCAAACACAAGUAUAAAAACCUCAAAAAAGAAGAAAUCGAAAGGAGAUUGUGUUAUACUAUGA